CAGGGCGAUUAAUGGACUUGCUGCUGUCGGAAGCAGGGCGCAGUAUAGCAUAGGGCUGAUGACCAACAACGAGCCAACAAUAAAAGAGUCUGAUCAAGCGUGGAUAGGUCUGAGAAGGAAGCUGCUUCUGUGGAAUCACCUCGCGGAAGACCAAAAACGAAGCUACAGUGCGUGGACCUGGACGGAUGGCUCUCCAGUUGACUAUUUCGAGUGGGAACCCGCUCAGCCAGACAACUUUGCAAAGAGCGAAUCAUGCGUACAGAAGCACUACAAGCACGGAACUUGGAAUGAUAUAAACUGCAACGAGAAAAUGAAGAGCUUCGUUUGCAAGUUCAGGGACUUCCCUUG